UUGAAAAGACAGCUCUCUCAGUCUCGUAUGCCAUUUGCAAUGGCCCUCAAGAUCGGCGUCGUUUGAAACCUUGGAUCCGGUGUUCUCUGAGCCUUUGAUUCUUCGUUUCUCGAAGAUUUAAGGUCGAACGCAGGCAAGGAAAACUGUGGAUUUGAAAUUGGGGCUCUGAUUUUAUGCAACCAAACACGCCAUUAAUCUCUAAGCCAUCAAUUGUGAUUUUGCAUCUUUUGACACUGGCGUUGCAUUUUCAGAUGAAGUUGAAACCUUUCUUUCUCUUUAUGAAACAAUAGCACGGACGAGCUCAACGAAACUGUGGUCUCAGAAACUUAAUACCAGUUUUCAUGGCUGAAAAGUCGUGCUCUGUUUCAAGCCUUCCAUGGCUUUGGGUAAUGGAAACCUUAGCAAGCUUUGAGCGAGUAGAUAUCUCUCUUUUGAAGGAUUUGAUGAUAAAAGCUCCAGAAGUCUCAGAUAAUUUGGGGAGGAAUGUCAAAGAAAUGAUUGCCUUGAGAUGUUUGGAGGCUUUAUUUAGUGGAAUCACAAAUGAUGUUCAUCCUGUUGUGCAUUCAAAAAUGGGGUUCGACCCAUCUGAAAGCUGUGAAGAUGUUCUCCAGUGCAUAUUGCGUAAGGUGUCAGCAUCAAAACUAAGAAUGGGAGAACCAGAGCUGUUAAAAUGGAAUGUUAACCCUUUCAUUGCACAUAAAAGAGCAUGUUUACCUAAGUGUGCUUUGCAAGAGUUGAAAGAUACAAUUCUCGAGGGCAGCCAUCCAUCUGCUGUAUCCUUGAAGGAAAGGAGUGGAUUGAGAUUUGAAAGUCAAUGUGAGACUAGAACACCUAAUGGUGAUGGUGAUUCUGGUGCAGUUGCACCAAGGGUUGAUGAGGGUACUGCCUGUGGUCAAGUUGAGGCUGCAAAAGGAGACUUAAUUCCUCUGACUGCUGAAAAUGAGAACAAUCUCUUGCCAGAAGAUACAACUGAGAGGAUUUUAUUGCCCUAUAAAAGGGGCCUGGAUGACUUGCCUGCCAAAAAUUUGAUGGGGCAAUUUAACCCAAAUGUAGACAGUGUGAAUUAUGGUGGUGAUUCCCAUUCAAAUGCCAAGAGGCGUAAACAUGAUGCCUUUUGCUCCAUUACAUCUAUAGAACCAAACCCAGUUUCUCUGCAUGGAAAGAAAUUGUUAGAAGAUUCAUCUCGACCAAGUAUUAAUGAGUGUGACUUGGCAAAAGAAUCUCAACUGGGAGACCUGGAGGGAAGCACAAUGGUUUCUGAGGAUGAUCAUGAUAAGUAUGUUGUUUCAAAGAGGGUUGAGCAGAUCACUGAUGUUGAACAUGGAGAAUUUGAGCAUAAUCAAACGCAGAUUCCUUUUCACAGCAAUAAAAUGCCUCAAAAUAUGCCUAGAGAUGAAUCCCACCAUGAUAUUUCUGUUGAUGAGGCUAAAGAUGAUGAUGUUGAGCAUUGGGUUGAACCAAACAAAUCAAUUGGUGCAGCCUCAGAUGGAAGCCAGCAAAAAACUGCUGUUGAUGAAGCCAAGGAUGAUGGCGAUUGUAGGGUUGAACCAAAUAAAUCAAGUGGAUCCUCAGAUGAAAGCCAGAAAAAAAAUUCUGUUGAUGAAGCCAAAGAUGAUGGUGAUCAUAGUUCUCAACCAAAGGCAUCAAAUGACAAACUUCCUAAUGAAGCACACCAUAAAGUUUUUGUAGAUGAAGCCAAAGAUGACACUGAGCAUUGUUGUGAAGAAGAAAUGCUGAGUGAUAGCACUGAGUAUCAUGAUGAGGAGGAUGGUAUUGCCAUGGAGAGACAAAAUUUCCUGAGUUCUAAAUGCACAUUCAAUCAUGAUUCCUUGUCAAUAGCUGGCUGGACAGAGCAAAAUCUUUGUAUGAAGUGUACUAAAGACGGUCAGUUGUUGGUUUGUAGUUCCAGUGGCUGUCCAUUGGUGGUUCAUGAGAACUGCUUGGGCUGCCCCCCCAGUUUUGACAACAUGGGAAACUUUUACUGCCCCUUUUGUGCAUAUUCCCGUGCAGUUUCUGAAUACCUUGAGUCCAAGAAAAAGGUCUCCUUGGCAAAGAAAGAACUGGCUUCAUUUAUCAAUGCAGGGAUGAAGCAUGAGCCUGUCAAACCCAAGAAAAAACAUAGAAAAAAGAAUGAAAAGCUUAAUGAAAGUGCUAAUCUUGUCAAGGUUUGUGAAAAUGGGCAUGUAAAAGAGAAAAGACAGACUCGAGCAAACCAUGGCGAUGCUCAAGUCACUGAUCAACUAAUUAGGAGAAAUGUAGAGAAGCAUGAUGGUGUCGAGGAGCAGGGAGUUGCAAAUUUAGGAGUUCAGCAGGAAGCUUUACAACAGCAGAUUAGUGAUCCACUGGAGGAUCCUGCUUCAGGAACUUCUGGAGAUGAAAAUGAUAAGCCUUCCAGUUCUACUUACUAUAUAAGAUUCAGAAGGCAACAACAGCAGUACACAUUUCCACCAAUUCAUCAGUUGAGAAGAAAGAAACUUGCUUGGACAGCUAAGGAGGAAGAGAUACUAAAGGUGGGAGUGCAGAAAUUUUCAAAUGAUCAUGAUAAAAGUAUUCCAUGGAAGAAGAUUAUGGAAUUUGGUGGUACUGUAUUUCAGAGAGGUCGUACCACAAUUGACCUCAAGGAUAAAUGGAGAAACAUUUGCAAAGGAAGCCCAAAAUCAAAGUGAAGUUUUGUUGAACUCUCUGAUAAUGCUGACUCUACUGGUGGAUUUGGAACCCAGAGCUAAAGAUAUGCAAGCGUGAUGAGAUUGGAAUGUAAGAGGUUUUGAAAUGAGUGAAUGUUGUUAAGCCUUUUUUGGUCCUGUAUAAAGUAAUUAGUUUCUAGAUGUUUAUAAUGGGCCUUGCAUCUUUUCUUGCUCUUUUUCCUGCAUAUUUUUUUGGCUUUUUGAUAAUGUUUUGUACAUUCAUUUUGAGCUGUUCAGGGUACACAUUCCAGAACAGUGAAUUCAUACUAAAAUAUAUAGUUAAAAACAUUUCAAAAGAAA